UAAACCACCAUAGGUACUACAAAAUCAUGCCCUCAUCACCAACAAAAUCACAAAGAUCAGUCCUUUUUAAGGUAACUGUCCCAUCAAGGAUAGAAAAUAUUUAUCAAACCAGUGAAAAAACCAAACAAAUUACAACUGAUCAACAAGAACCUGGUGGUGUCCGUAGUUCAAAGCGCUGCAUAACAAAGACAACAAAGGAAGCAGAUAAUUCCAGUGACAAUGCAAUGUAUCAUGAGUUGAGGAAAUCUGAUUUAAGGUACAAGAUCCAGAGCAAACAUAGGUCAGACCGAACCAUUCAAGCUGUUGAAACCAUUUGUGAGUUUGGAAACAUGAAAAGUGAUAUCAAAGCUGCUCCUAAUGUUUUGGAGUCAUUGAGGAAUUCUUCUCAUGGCAGAGUACCCUACAACAGAAAACAUGUACUGUCUGAGGAAGAGCUCCCUCCAGUUAAUCAGCUUUCUUCAGUCAAUAAAAAAGCUAUUGAUAGAGUGUGUGACCAGUCUCCUGACAUACAUGCUUAUAGAUCAAAAACUAGAGGAAGAGUUCCUUUGAGAAGUCCCAAAGAGACAGAAGAAAUCAUAGAAACGACUUCGUAUCUUGACCAAUCAUUUGAAACUAAUCUCAACAAAUCACUGGCAGUCAUUGAAUCACUGGAAUCACUUAAUGAUUCUAUGUCCUUACUGGAGAUAGAGCAGAAAAACAAGAAAGCUGGUGUGGAUUACAUUGAACGGGAGAAGAAAAAACAAGAUGAAUUCUUCAAAAGAUCUGCCCAGCUUUCCCAAGAGAGUUAUGAACAAUGGUCUGAAAGAUCGAGAGCAAAAAUUCAACAACAAGUAAAGGAGCUGAGAGAUCGGAAAUCUCAAAAGGACAAUUCCAUAGAGUCUGAGUACCGAAAACAGCAGGAAUUCUUCCAAAAGAAAUUUGAAGAGGAUCAGGCAAAUAUCAAAAGAGUUGAAGUUGAAGAAGAGGCAGAGAAUCAGCGUCAGCUAAGUAGCAGUUGGAACAACAUUUCUAACUACGAGCUCAGCACAUUAGAAAUAGUAACUGUCGCUCAAAAGUGUGUCCCUGAUCCAAAAGUGGAUCCAGAGAUUGAGGCUUUAUUGAGUAUGAUUGACAAACAAAGUAAAGCCAUGUCAGCCCUUAAAUUGGCUGUUGGACAACUUUACAAGGAAGGCAAACUUAACCCACUGACGUCAACUAAAUUUGAGCAAGAGUGCGGAGCAGUCUAUGGUCACGUGAUAAACGCAGUGAAGCAGCUGAACACUGCCAUAAAGAGGGUAAACGAGGAGCAGGCAGCGAAGAUGCUAGCUCAGGAGGAAGCGAAGAAGAAAGAGGAGGAAGAGCGAGGGAAGCAGGCACAAGCAGCUGCAGCACAGCAACCACCACCAGAAGCCGUUGUAGCGCAGCAACCACUUGCAUCCCAGCAACCUCUACCUCCCCCUGUAGCUACGCAACAGCAACCUUCUGCAGGCCCCGUUCAAUCUAAAGUAUCAACAGAUUCCAUAAUAAGUGGAAACAUCAUCAGCAGCACUGCCUUCAGCGAGUAUCAGAAAAUUGACAAACAACUUAAGGAGUUGGAACUAGGAAUCCAAAAGUUUGUAGUCGACAAGAACACAGACUGUGCUAAGAUGAGAUCAGCUCUGAAGCUAAUAACCGUCACUCCUAUCAACAGUAUUAGUGCCAGCAGCAACGAUCAUAUGGCUAACAAGGUGAAAGAGCUGGUACACAUUUUAGAUGGGAAGGAAACUACCCGGGGACAAAAGAGAAUCAACCCUGGUAUCAACAAUCUCACUCUCAACUACUGCUUCAACGUUGCUGCUUCUAAAUUUGUCGAUCAAGCCUGCGAACAAGUAGCGUUCAGUGACAACCUCGUACCUGCAUUCAGUAUUGCUGCUGUGAGUACAG